AUGAACCAGUCCGUCUACGUUUCCCUGUCCCUCAUCGGCCUGGUGGGCAUCGUCGGCGCCGGUGUGGCGGUCGGCAGCGGGGUGGGCAUGAUGACCAUGCAGCUCGCGGCCGCGGAGCAGCAGGAGCAGGCCAAGGCCGUGGCCCACACCCCUGUCGAGCGGAAAAUCACCGUCUCCAAGGGCUUCGCCGCCUCCGCCGAGCAAUAA